AUGCGAUCAGCUGUCAUUCCAUCGCUAGGCCUUGCUCUACUGUUCCAGAGAGCUGGGGCCGAUACAACACUUUCCAUUGAUCCCACUUCCAACUGGGGUACGUGGGAAGGCUGGGGAGUGUCCCUUGCCUGGUGGGCGAAAGCCUUUGGCAACCGAGAUGACCUGGCCAAUGUCUUCUUCACAAGGAACAACCAAGUCAUCAAUGGCCAAAACUUGCCGGGCUUGGGCUUCAACAUUGCUCGGUACAAUGCUGGCGCAUGCAGCACCAACACUUAUAACGGCACCAGCAUGGUAGUCUCGUCGAGCAUCAAGCCGUCUCGGCAGGUUGAUGGCUACUGGCUCGAUUGGGCCAGCACUGACCCUGCUUCAUCCAGCUGGAACUGGAAUGUCGAUGCCAACCAGCGAGCAAUGUUGCAAAAGGCCAAAGCAAAGGGUGCAAACAUCUUUGAGCUCUUCUCCAACUCGCCUAUGUGGUGGAUGUGCUUGAAUCAUAACCCGUCGGGAAGCGGCUCGAGUGAUAAUCUUCAGUCAUGGAACUACCAGAAUCACGCUGUUUAUCUUGCCAAUAUUGCUCAACAUGCUCAACAGAACUGGGGAAUUCAGUUUCAGUCAGUCGAGGCCUUUAACGAGCCGUCGUCGGGCUGGGGACCUACCGGUACACAAGAAGGCUGCCAUUUUUCGGUAUCAACGAUGGCUACAGUUAUCAAUUACUUGAACACUGAGCUUGCGCAACGUGGGCUGUCAUCAUUUGUUUCUUCAUCAGAUGAGACCAGUUACGACUUGGCUAUAUCGACUUGGCAAGGCCUAGGCAGUUCUGCGCAAAAUGUUGUGAAGCGUGUCAAUGUUCAUGGCUACCAGGGCGGCGGCGGACGACGUGAUACGCUGUACAGUCUUGUAAGUCAAGCCGGGAAGAGACUGUGGAACAGUGAAUAUGGCGAUUCGGAUGGAAGUGGAAAAUCGAUGUAUACAAACCUGCUCCUCGACUUUACUUGGCUCCAUCCUACCGCUUGGGUAUACUGGCAAGCAAUCGACGGUUCGGGCUGGGGACUCGUCGUUGGCGACAACGAUCAGUUGACGCUUUCAUCCGCAAACACUAAAUACUUUGUACUGGCGCAGUUUACUCGCCAUAUCAGGCCCGGCAUGCAGAUCUUGACCACCCCUGAUGGUAACACCGCCGCUGCUUACGACUCUGGUUCUCAAAAGCUCGUCAUUGUUGCUGCAAACUGGGGCAGUGCUCAGACUAUCACUUUUGACCUUACUCGUGCUAAGACUGCCGGCAGUAAUGGAGCGACAGUCCCACGAUGGAGCACCCAAACAAGUGGUGGAGACCAAUACAAAAGCUAUUCGGAUACAAAGAUCAAUAACGGGAAGUUCUCUGUGUCUUUUUCUACUGGACAGGUGCAGACAUUUGAGAUUAGCGGUGUUGUGUUGAAAUAA